AUGUUCGCGACAACAACAAGGGCUUCGGCUGUCAAGACACUGUAUCAGAAUGUGCUGAAGGAGGCGGAGCGCUCGGCAAAGAAUGGCCCGCUCGUAUCCUACCUGCAGAAGGAAUAUAAAGAUGCUGAGAACGGCACAAUCACAGACUCAAAGAAUUCAGCAAGCAGCAGCUACACACCCUUCAUUGCCCCACAAAAGUCAUCAGCAGAGUUCCGUCAGCAGAACCUCGAGAAUCUUCAUGUGUUCCUCCAGAACAAGGCCUUGCACGCCGAACUGCUGCAAAGAUACAACCCAACGACAGGCAUAACCGAAGAAGAGCGUAUCCGCCUCACAGCGCGACGAGUCGGUCUCGACGUUCCCAUCACCCACGACGCCUCUGCCGAGUCAGCCAACAACUACCGCAAAAGUGCACAGAUCGCUCAAGAUCAGUACAAGCAGGACAAGGACAACCGUGAAGAUCAACUGUAUUCAGGCAAAGGAGACGGUCUCAAUGUCGGUGGGCCUCUGCGACCGCCAGUUUUUAAAGAGUGA